UGGUGACGCAGGAGAGAAGCGCGCCGUACGUUGAUGACGCAGGAGAGAAGCGGCAGUAAAGGCUCUUUGACGUCUUAACAGUUUUUAAUUCAACCAAAGACGGAUUUCACAACAUACGCAAGGAGAUGUCAUCUUUGUGUGGCACCAGCAACGGCUGCCAAGAUGGAGGUCAAGAGGCCGCGGAGAAACAGGAGAAGGAGCAUCCUCGUGUACUCAUCCCCGAGUUAUGCCGACUCUUCUACCAGCUGGGAUGGGUGACGGGGACGGGCGGAGGGAUCAGUCUUAAACGAGGAGAUCAAAUCUACAUCGCACCAUCAGGCGUCCAAAAAGAGAGAAUCCAGCCAGAAGAUAUGUUUGUGUGUGACGUGGAGGAGAAGGACAUCAGCUGUCCUCCUGCCUGGAAGAACUUCAAGAAGAGCCAGUGCACACCGCUUUUUAUGAACGCCUAUACCAUGAGAGGAGCACAGGCAGUUAUACACACCCACUCCAAGGCUGCUGUCAUGGCAACGCUGCUGUAUCCUGGCAAAGAGUUCAGGAUAACACACCAGGAGAUGAUCAAGGGGAUCCGUAAGGGCACCUCAGGCACUAACUAUCGGUAUGAUGACACUCUGGUUGUGCCCAUUAUUGAAAACACACCAGAGGAGAAGGACCUUAAAGACCGGAUGGCUUUGGCAAUGGAGGAAUACCCAGACUCAUGUGCUGUCCUUGUCCGCCGUCACGGUGUCUACGUCUGGGGAGAGACGUGGGAAAAAGCCAAGACCAUGUGUGAAUGCUACGACUACCUGUUUGACAUCUCCGUCCAGAUGAAGCAGUGUGGACUGGACCCCUCAGCCCUUCCAACGGAAGAAAAGGGAAUAGUCUGACAUUCACUGGUGCUUUUUGAAAGAGACAUUUGUUGCAGAAAGGUCAGUGGAGUUCAGUCGGGGGGGGCUGAUUGUAAUCAUUUGCCUUUCACGCCGGUCUGCUUCAAAUUCAAUGAAAUGUGAUGGUAAGGGCAGAUUCGGGGUUGAAGGAGAUUGAAUGCCUGUGAUCCGGAAGCACCUGGAGGUACGCUGCAAAGCACUGUGGGACAACUCAUGAGUGAGUGGCAGUCAAGUAAAAGGUCUUCGGGUUCAAACGCCUUCCUAUUCAAGUUUGACUGCAGGAAUCAAGGUCUCUGUGUAUGUCAGACAUGAGCAUACUGUGCAUCUCAAUUGAACCUGUAAUUGUGAUAAACUGCCUUUGCUUCAAUCAUUAAAGUUGAUGAAAUGUA